UGAUGCUUCAUUUUAAGCAAAAGAAUGGAUAUUGGGCUCCUCAGAAGUUGUUUGAAAUUUCCCAAUUGUUUUAUAUGACGACUUGUUCGUAUGGAUUGAAUUUCACAAAUCAGUAAGUAGGACUUAAUCUUCUGCCAGAAACACCUGACAUUCAAGACCCAGAAAGAUAUAGAUGUGGACACUGGGGAAUAAUGCAAAUCCAGCCUGAGAUCCAACAUUAACCAAACUUGGGCAAGUUCAGAAGGAUCUGGCCAAAGCUAGAUUUGCAAGAUAUAUCAGGAAUUGAGGGAUUCCUGGAGGCAGCCCAUGAUAUUGUCUUUGCAGUGAGUUCAAGGCAAAGAUUCAUUGUCCAGCACAAAUAAGGGUAAUCACUGUUCAACACACAAGACCCCAGAAAGAUUAAACGACGUGAAGGAGCGUACAAUUUACUUUUGUGAGGUUGACUAAUGGAGGAAUGUUGAUUGGAAGAAUACCCUGUGUUAUUAGAAUCAUCUGAUGAGAAGAAUUGCGUCCAUCUCAUGAGCCAGGCCAAUGUGAUCACUGCAAGAGGCAUUUACCUCUUUGGAUAAGUUAAUUAGAAGAAUUAAACUUCCUGAAGAUAACCAGCAAACAGCUCUGAGCAAGUCAGAACACCAACAGAAGGAUUUAAAAUGAAUUUCAUCAAUUUAAAUUAUCAAACUGUGAGCUCUGAGGAUGAUCACAGGAAUUUUCUAAAAAAUGGUUGUUAUAUACCAGUCAACAAAAGAAGAUACAGAAAACGGUUUCUUCGCAAAGAUGGGAACUGCAACAUCCACUUUAAGCGUGCAUUCGGUGAAUGGGAAAGUUACUUCUCCGAUAUCUUCACAACGCUCAUAGAUCUCAAAUGGAGACAAAUGUUUCUGAUCUUCUCCUUGUCCUAUAUAUUGUCAUGGCUCUUCUUUGGUUUUGUUUAUUGGAUCACAGCAGUUGUCCAUGGAGAUCUGCAAAUUGAAGAAGAAAAUCUAGUGCCCUGUAUUGUUGAGGUUCACAGCUUCACUGCUGCUUUCCUGUUCUCUAUUGAAACACAAACAACUAUUGGUUAUGGAUCUCGCUGUGUGACAGAAGAAUGCCCUUUUGCUGUUUCUAUGGUCACUUUCCAAUCAGUGAUAAGUUGUUUAAUUAACACAUUUAUCAUUGGUGUUGUAGUAGCGAAAAUGUCCAAAGCCAGAAAGAGAGCUCAAACAAUUAGGUUUAGCAAUAACGCAGUGAUAGCAGUAAGAAAUGGGAAACUAUGCAUGAUGUGGCGUAUUGGAGAUUUCCGUGAGAGCCACAUCAUUGAAGGUACUGUUAGAGCUCAAUUACUCCAAUUUAAGGAAUAUGACGACAAUAAGCUGUCCGUGGAACACCAGGACUUGCAAAUAGUCACAGGCAAUAUCAUUCUCAUUAGUCCUGUCACUAUUGUACAUGAAAUCAAUGAAAACAGUCCACUCUAUGACCUUAAUAAGAAAGACUUAGCUGAAAGUGACUUUGAAAUCAUAGUUACAUUUGUCUAUUCUGAGGACUCAACAGGAAAUACUCAUCAGUCUCGAAGCUCAUACACUCCUCUGGAAAUCCUAUGGGGCCACCACUUUAAUGAAGUUCUCAAAAACAAGCCAAGUUACUAUAAAGUUAACUACUCCCAGUUUCACAAAACUGAAGAAGUGACAACACCAGAAUGCAGUGCCAAGACAUUGUAUUCCACACCGGAACAUAGCAUCAAUGUGCUCACAGUAGCCGGAUUGGACAGUGAAGAUGGAAAGUGUGAGAGCAUGGCCAUUCCAAAUAACAAAGGAGAGCACGAUGAAGAACAAUAUGUGUACCCAAAGCCUGAAUUUACAUUCAGAAGCCUCUCUAUGGAGUCAGAACUGUGAUUCUUGCCUUACUAUUGCUAGUGCGCUUUCUGAACACUGCUUUGGGGUUCUUUACAGCAGUAAAAUUGAUCACUAAUUGUCAGGAAUAGAAUGAACAAAAAAUAAACUUAUUGGCUACUCCCACUUUCGUAAUUCUGAUUUAUAAACAUCCAGAAACGUGGAUCAAUGGAUAAACUGAGGCAGCAGAUACAAUGAUUUUGAAACUCUCUGUCAUGCUUUAUGUUAGUUAUAGUGGGGAAUUCUUCCAAAAUAACACUUCAUCAUCCUCCUUAUUUUUGUUGCACACCAGGCAAGAGUACAAAUGGUCGAAAUGUUAAAAGACAGUCACUGCGAAGAUAAUGAACUUUAAAUACAUAUUUGAUGACAUUGCUGUCAUUUGUGGGCAGAGUGUUUCAGCCAACUGUCCCUCCACCAGUCAUUUAGGCAGGCACACUUCAGUGAGCAGCACAUAGGAAACGUGACUAGUACUACACAAAGAAAUCAAUCACUUUUAGGUUAAUGACUGGAUUGUACUGGCUCUUGGUGCGAGUUUAGAAGUGUUUUGUGGUUUCCAGAGUGUUUAAAUUUCCUGAAGACUACUCAUAGUAUGGCAUGUGUUGAAGACCUUUGGCCUGACUUCAAAGAUUUUACACAAACCAUUUGAACAGAUAUGACACAGAGCAGGACGAGUUGUUGGACGAGCAUGGGGUGAAAAGCUCUCAGAAGGAGGCAAUAUCCAGGAUGUUCAAGGGGCAGUUCUUCUAUCUGAACCUCAGUAAGGAACAAUGUGCCACAAUUCCCUGCUUCACUAAGGAAGUCCUUUCUAAAAUCUGCCUGCAGUGGCCACCACUACAAUCUCAGAGGCAAACUAGGAUGUCACCUUGAGGGGCUUUGAAAGUGACCAUGGCUGUGAAUUUCUAUACUUUUGUUCCUUUGUGGCUGGAACCAUGAGGAUAUUCACCGGUUCCCAUGUUGCUGUGCACUGUUGCAUAAUAAGGGGAUAGCAGAAGUCCGCAUUUAAAUUUCGCUGUAUUUACUGCAAUACUAGGAAAAACACAGAUAACCAACGAAUCACAAUGUUAGCAUGUUAGGUUGAAUGAAUUUCAGGCUGCGAGAUGUAGCUGCUGACAAUGCGAGUAUUUCAUCGGCUGUCCUGGCUUGGCUUUCAAUGUGUUAUGUAUGGCUGUAUAUGUUCAUUCAGGGCGAGGCCCUUCCCCCACCAGCACAUGCACAUUCAUGAUUCAAUUUUAAAGGAUAUUCCAUUUGAAGUCAGAGUGCAGUGUGAAACUUUCCCUGAAAUGCAAGAACCAAGAAGGACGGUUCCUUACCAACGGUGGCCAUAACGUCAAAUUUCUACAACUGAAUCUUCAUGUGAUGACCACACCAGUAUCUGAAGCUUGGGAUCAUCUCAAGAAUUUUUAAAAAUCAAUUCUACUUCUCACAUGUUUCAACUGGAGGACGGUUGUCGCCAGUAUACAAUCUGAGACAAUAAAGAGUAUUAAAUCAUUCUCCAAAUGGACAAUGCUGGUGGUAGAAAUCGAUAUAUGCACAAAAGUGUGACUAAUUUGACAAUCUCAUUGGUGACAUUGGAAUGUAAAAUGGAAACCUCUACAGUGGUAUCCUGAGAAGUCCAGUACCUAAUUUGGAGCCAAAUCUGUUGCAGAAUAGACAAAACUUUAUCUACAUUGAAUUAUGCUCUCACUGACCUGGCAGUGUUGACGCUCAGACAACUUCAUUGAAAAGUGGAAAAGAACUUCUCUCACAGUUGUAAAAUCCGAAAUUAAACAGUGUAAAAUAUAUUUUUUAAGUUUGCUUUAAAUCAAAUAGAGAUGACUAAUGUCUUUUUGCAUGUAUUAACAGAAUUUAUAAUAAGAAAAGAUGACUUUGCAAAAUUUUUCCACUUCAAAAUUGAUGGCUGAUAAAUAACGAAGGCACUGAUGACUUUUCUUGUUUUCCAAUGAUGGAUUAGUUUGAAUAUUUUCCACACAAUUAACAAGUUACAAGCAAGAUGUAAGCAUAUUUGACAAGAUCUAACUGAUGGUGUUCUUACUAUAAUGGUUAAAAAUGGACAAUCAAUACUCAACUUUCAUCAUGUGAUUUUAAUACCCAAGACCUUUCAUGGACUAAGAUGGCAUUAAUAAUACGAACAACUAGCUGCCAUUGUCACCUGAUCAGAGAUGGAGGCAAGUCCAGGUAACCAAUGCGGAAUAAAUAAAAUCAUCUGAACUGUAGUGACGGUUUUUAUCUAAAAAAAAGGCGCUAGGGAUCUUUAUCCCCUGCUAUAACUCAAUUUUGAAUGAUAAUUUCACAUACUGGGGGAGGAAAGGCUUACCUGCCGGUUAACCAUCUUGGAAAGACAAUAGGGCUAGCCCCUGGGAUUGACACUGAACUGUAGUUCAACAUUUAACUAUAUUUGAGCAGCACAGCAAAGAGAAGCAAAAUGAUUCUGCAACAGCAAGAUAUGGAAAUUGCUAUCCGUUUCUCUCAGUCUGAAGGCAAAGUCCAGUGAAAAAGCAAAUUGGAUAAAUAACUUUUCACUGUGAGCACAAAGAAUUCUUCAGACUUUGACAUUGAUGAGGAUAUAGGUCAACAUUUAAACAACUGUGGUCUCAGUUUAAAAAUCUAUUACCCCAGGACUCUAAGGAUUAGUAAACUGUGUGGCCUUUUAUCAUUUUAUCUGGACCAGGGACUCUCUCCAUUUUUAAAAUUUAUUGGCUAUUGUGUGUAUUUUAGACAUAACCUUUAUUUCUCUCAGGAUUAAUAGGUAACACAAUUCUUAAUUCUUCCACUCAAGAAAUACUUACUUCCAUCUAAUCAACAACAUUUUUAAUUGGCAUGUGAUAUAGUGAAAUAUUAAAUAUAAAUUAUUUAAAAAACUAUUAUGGCUGGCCAAGAAGGGAUUAAAAAGAGGGGAGUCAAAUGAUCUUUCCUCACCUGGUCAUAACACUGAGCCAAAGGCGUCAGCGGUAGAGCCUCUAUUGCGUACAUUCUUACAUAAUAUGAAGGCACCCAGGUAGUUAGGAAAGUAGGUGGUGAGGAAGGAAGUUACAAAGUGAUAUUGACAGGUUAAAUGAGUGGGCACCAAUUUCGCAAAUGGAUUGUAAUGUGGGAAAGUGUAAAAGUUUCCAUUUUAGCAGAAAGAAUAAAUCAGAAACGUAUUAAUGAAAUUGUGAGAGAUUGAAGAGCUCUGAGGUGCAGUAGGAUCAGGAUGUCCUCAUGCAUAUAUCACAAUAGUUAAUAGACAGGUUCUGCAAGUAAUUAGGAAAUUGAUAGAAUGUUUUUGUUUUUACAAGGGAAAUUGAAUACAAAAGUAGAGAUGUUUUACUUGAGCUAUAUAAGCACAGAUAAGAUCAGAUUUGGAGUCCUGCAUGCAAUAUUGGUCUGCUUAUUUAAGGAAGGAUGUAAAUGCAUUGGAAGUGAUUCAGAAAUGAUUGACUAUCUAAUAUUUGUGAUGGAUGUUUUACUUAUCUUAUGGAGGAAGGUUUGACCGUCUAGACUCGUAUCUGCCAAAGUGUCGAAAUAAAAGGCGCCUUGAUCGAAACUCCUACGAUGCUGAGGUUUUGACAAGAUGGAUGUGGAAAGGAUAUUUCCUCUGUGGGCCAAUCUACAAACAGGGUGGUGACUGUUUAAAUAUAAAGGGGCACCAUUUAAAACAGAGAUGGGAACAUUUUUCUAAGAAAGGAUCCUAAGUCUUUGAAAACUUUUAAGUUGGAGAUAGAUCAAUUCUGCACAAGUGAGUAAAAUGCUAUUGAGGGUAUGCAGAAAUGUUCAGUCAUCAAAUCAACCAUGAUCUUAUUCAACAACAGAGCAGGCUUAAGGGGCCAAUUUGAGGACACUGGUUCCUAACUUGAAUGUUCAUGCGCAACUUUAUUUUUUAAAAAUGAUUCAGUGUUUGAAUACGAACACUACUGAAGAUCAGGUUGGGGUUGAAAGUGUUAACUAAAGGCUCCAGUUUUCAGCAGACUAUUUCAAAGCCAUUACGUGAUGUCAAUCAGACAUUUCCGAUCCAACCAAAUCUUCAUUGAGCCUAAUUUUCGUUCCUAACAUUGGUCCCUACUCGCAAGGCUUUUCUUUUUGUGCCAAUUUGCUAAAAUGCUGUUUUUUUUCCAUGAUUGUUCUGCAGUUUUCCACAAAAAUAUUCUGCAAGCAGUCACUUUCAAAUUAAAAUGUUGGAAAACCAGAUUUUAUCUUUAGGUUUGCUAAUGCGGCUUCAGUCAAUCAAUGCACUCAUUCCUGGUAUAGGCAAAUUCAGAUUGGAAGCAACUUUUUGAAAAGAUAUCAUCCUGACCUCUUAUGAGAAUGUAUUAUAUAUCUCUCCACAACAUGAUGCCAAAGCUUUGUGCAAAACAUCUGUUCAAAAUUUUCUGUGAACUUACGAAGCAACUAAUAUUCAAGUAUAGAGUUUUUGGUCUUUGAAAUAAGAGUGAUGCUAAAACAAAUUCCACAAAUGUUAGUCAUUGCAUUUUUACCUCCUAAAUUGUAAAUUAUUUCUUACUCAAAGUGCUUUGAACGCUACAGAUUUUGUCACUCCAUCUGUAAAUUAGUACAAUUCAAGGUGAGGGACAGAUUUUGACACAUAUAUGCGUUCAAACAUCACCAGAGUGACAAGACUGAGGGUGUUGUUUAUGGCCAGCACGUGUGUGACCUCCAAAAUACAAGCCGCGCAUCUCCAUGUCACUGGCUGCAACAAAGCAGCACUACAAAGAUUGUCCAAGUUAUUUAAAAUGGAGCAAAGUCUGCAAGAGUGGGCGGAAAGCCUAGGAACAGGAAAUGGUCAAACGUCUGCCGGCACUGACAAAAAGGAAAGAACUGUCAAACAAACACAAUUACUUUAUUAGAAUAUUGAAAAAUUAAACAAAUCCAAGUGUCUUGUCUACAAUGGCUGCGGAUCUUGUUCUGGUUACAGAUAUGAUUCAAAGCAAUUUUCAAUGUGACUCUGGUGUGACCAAGAUAAGGGUGCAAUGUUUCUUUACAACAAGCUUUGAAAGCCCAUCUAAGCAGAUGUGAGGACUUGAAGGAAGAGUGGUAAAUAUGCAAGAGCACACAGGCAGCCUCUGUGAUGAAGAAGAGAAGAAGAGGCACAAAUUGAAGAACCUGGUGUCAAUUCGAGUCUGUAUUGGAUUUCUUAUGAGACUGUUGAAAGACUAUCAUGAAGCCUAUUGCCAGAUACGAAAUUACUGUCCAUUGCAGAGCUUACAACAAUCUGCGUUUAAUUGAGAAAAAAGACACAUAUUUUAAAAGAUGUUGUUGGGUGGUUAAAAAUCGAUUAGCUAAUUCUGUUUGGGUAAUUGUGAGUUGUUUGAUUUUUUGAAAGAAAAAGAAUAGCAUUUCCAAUUGCAGUAGGCUUGGAAGAGCAGAGGAUUUGGGGUUAGGCUUGGUUUAAAGGGUGUUAUAAAAGGCACCAUAGGUUGAUAAGACUGAUAAAAGCUAAUAAAGUUGUUAGUUUCAUCUCAAAGCAUACAGAUCAUAAAAAAACAAGAGACAAUAAUGAACAUACAUAAUGCAUAAAUUAGACUUCACUUAGAGUAUUAUGUUUGAGUAACAUAUUUCCAAGAUUCUUGUUUGUGCCUUCAUAUUUGCCCACAACAUCGUCUCACGAAACAGAAGAGUUCUACACAGCCAUACGGCCCUGUGCGCAUUUUCCAUUCCUCUCACCCUGCUUUGGUCUGUGCAACGUACCACACCACUGGCAGCCACUCAAUGAACCUCACUUUUCUGAAAGUCCAGCCUUAAGCCCAAAUACCUUCUCAGCUCCCUCACAUUUCUCAAGCCAGAGAAAUCUUAAUUUUAAACCCUGCUUUCACAUCUCCAAUUUACUCCAAUGUUUUGCCUUUGCCUUUAGAGGUGUAUGAGUUACAAGAUCAUUGUCUCCAUGUCAGGGGAAUUAUAAAAUAUUGCCUUUUUGAAAUAAAUCUAUGGGUAUUUUUUUGAGGAAUAGUUGCAGCUCAGUGCUGUGUAAGUUUGUCACAGUGAAGUAGCAACUGGGGCAGUACAAUCAGUCUCAGUGACUCGCACUAAGUGGCAGAAAAACUGGCCUGGGAUUCCCAAACCUAAUCACUUUUCAGUGAAAGAUAACAAAGUGUUGAGCUGGAUGAACACAGCAGGCCAAGCAGCAUCUCGGGAGCACAAAAGCUGACGUUUCGGGCCUAGACCCUUCAUCAGAAAAGGGGGAGGGGGAGAGGGUUCUGGAAUAAAUAGGGAGAGAGGGGGAGGCAGACUGAAGAUGGAGAGAAAAGAAGAUAGGUGGAGAGGAGAGUAUAGGUGAGGAGGUAGGGAGGGGAUAGGUCAGUCCAGGGAAGACGGACAGGUCAAGAAGGCGGGAUGAGGUUAAUAGGUAGGAAAUGGAGGUGCGGCUUGAGGUGGGAGGAAGGGAUAGGUGAGAGGAAGAACAGGUUAGGGAGGCGGGGACAAGCUGGGCUGGUUUUGGGAUGCAGUGGGGGAAGGGGUGAUUUUGAAGCUUGUGAAGUCCACAGUGAUAUCAUUGGGCUGCAGGGUUCCCAAGUGGAAUAUGAGUUGCUGUUCCUGCAACCUUUGGGUGGCAUUAUUGUGGCACUGCAGGAGGCCCAGGAUGGACAUGUCGUCUGAGGAAUGGGAGGGGGAGUUAAAAUGGUUUGCGACUGGGAGGUGCAGUUGUUUAUUGCGAACCGAGCGGAGGUGUUCUGCAAAGCAGUCCCCAAGUCUCCGCUUGGUUUCCCCAGUGCAGAGGAAGGCACACCAGGUACAGUGGAUACAGUAUACCACAUUGGCUGAUGUGCAGGUGAACAUCUGCCUAAUAUGGAAAGUCAUCUUGGGGCCUGGGAUGGCGGUGAGGGAGGAGGUGUGCGGGCAAGUGUAGCACUUCCUGCGGUUGCAGGGGAAGGUGCCGGGUGUGGUGGGGCUGGAGGGCAGUGUGGAGCGGACAAGGGAAUCAUGGAGAGAGUUGUCUCUCUGGAAGGCAGACAAGGGUGGGGUUGGAAAAAUGUCUUGGGUGGUAGGGUCAGAUUGUAGAUGGCGGAAGUGUUGGAGGAUGAUGCGUUGUAUCCGGAGGUUGGUGGAGUGGUAUGUGAGAACAAGAGGGAUCCUCUUAGGGCGGUUGUGGCGGGGGCGGGGUGUGAGGGAUGUGAUGUGGUAAAUGCGGGAAACGCGGUCGAGGGCGUCCUCGAACACUGCGGGGGAAAAGUUGCGGUCCUUGAAGAACGUGGACAUCUGGGAUGUGCGGGAGUGGAAUGCCUCAUCCUGGGAGUAGUUGCGGCGGAGGUGGAGGAAUUGGGAAUAGGGGAUGGGACUUUUGCAGGAUGGUGGGUGGGAGGCAGUUUACUCUAGGUAGCUGUGCGAGUCGAUGGGCUUGAAAUGGACAUCAGUUUCUAGCUGGUUACCUGAGAUGGAGACUGAGAGGUCGAGGAAGGUGAGGGAUGUGUUGGAGAUGGCCCAGGUGAACUUGAGUUUGGGGUGGAAGGUGUUGGUGAAGUGGAUGAACUGUUUGAGCUCCUCUGGGGACCAAGAGGCGGCGCCGAUACAGUCAUCAAUGUAACGGAGGAAGAGGUGGGGUUUGGGGCCUGUCUAGUUGCGGAAGACGGACUGUUCUGUGAACCUUGGGAAGGAAGUGCACAUGGGAGCAAGGAUUACAUUGGGUUUAGAUAUGACCUUCCAAUGGUCAAAUAAGAUCAGGCAUGUAGACUUAUUGCUCAGGCUAACAAAUCAAACAAGACAGAGGCUUAAGGUGCGAGAGGAUCACUAAGGCAGGGGGAGGGGAGGAUCAGGCUUUUUAAUUUGAGGUAAGGAAGUAUAAAGUAAAUUGGUCUGAUUUUAGAAAUGCUAAUGAGUUGAAUAGAUGUAGCACUAAAUGUCACAAUGUUUCUGGUCUUUGACAGAAAGUAAAAUUGAUUUCAGACAGAGUUAUAUUCUGAAUAAAUAUUUAAACCAAAGAAAAAAUAUUUGUCAAGAGUUUUUGUUUAAUUCUUUUUUUUGUAGACUGUAAAAAUACUGAAAUAUCGGCAAACAUUGGGGUUUAAAGUCUAACACAAAUCCUCUGGAUGUACACCAAGAAUUAUUUGGCACGGAAUAUAAAUAUUCAAGUUGCUUGCCUGAGAUAUUUGCAGAGAUUCUUGAAUCAAGUCGCAGGUGAUCAGUGCAGACACAAUAUGAAAAAAUUGUUGGAAUUUGUUCUGACAGUUUAUCAGCACCAUUAAUACUUUUUUCAAUUUGACCCAUUGAAAUAAUCCUU